CCCUGAACCCACUGAGUGUUUUACCCCAGUUUGAAGAGAGCGAGAUCGAAGAAGGUUCUAGACAAUUCUUCAUCUUCUGAAGCAAUCGAUCUGAAUCCCAUUUUCAUCUUUUAUCGGAAUUUAUCUAUAUCCAGGCGUUUGGUAAGCCCAACAGUGAGCUCUUGGCGACCAAUUUGCACACAAGUCUCGAACACAAUUGCAGAUUUCAGAAUUGCGACAAAGCUUCCCGGUGGUGGUGCUGAACAGAAGUCCGACCCAUCUCAGGCUUCAGAAUGUCUUCUGGAUCGGAAACCCCUAGCGCCAGCCAGCCCUUACCGGAGCAGAAACCCUUGGAAAAGCGCUCCUGGGCCGACGAGGUUGAUGAAGAAGUUCAAGACGAAGAGCCUUCUGUUUCUUCUGUAGAGAAAUCCUCUUCCUCCAAGGACAAAGCUGUCGAUGACUUAAGUCUGGAGUCUUUGGCCGUCGAUGAGACGAAGAAGGUUAAUAUGUUCCUAGAAGAUCCCGAAGACUCUAGCAUUGAAGCUGUCACAGUAGGGGAGACGCCAUAUACUUCGGCGAAGAUGUUCGAGGACUUGAAUCUAUCGCCGGAAUUGAUCAAGGGUUUAUACGUGGAGAUGAAGUUCACGAGGCCAAGCAAGAUCCAGGCUGUAAGUUUGCCCAUGAUCUUAACUCCUCCUCACAAGCACUUGAUUGCUCAGGCCCACAACGGUUCAGGAAAGACCACCUGUUUUGUGCUCGGGAUGUUGAGCCGUGUCGAUCCAGCCUUCCGUUCUCCUCAGGCCCUCUGUAUUUGCCCAACCAGAGAAUUAGCUAUCCAGAACAUGGAAGUUCUUCAAAAAAUGGGCAAGUAUACUGGAAUUACUUAUGAACUUCUUAUACCACCACCAGCUGAUAGUGCUGGCUAUUUGCCUGUGGCUAAGCGACCAGCUUUGACGGCACAAAUAGCGAUUGGGACACCUGGCACAAUCAAUAACUAUAUUCGGUUGAAAAAAUUGAAUGCGUCGUCAUUGAAGAUUCUUGUUUUUGACGAGGCUGAUCAUAUGUUAGCUGAGAGAGGAUUCAAAGAUGACUCAAUUAGGAUUAUGAGGGCAAUUGCGUCUACCAAUCCUCAGUGCCAGGUUCUUCUAUUUUCCGCGACUUUUGAUGACAUUGUGAGGGAUUUUGUGUCGAAGAUCGUGAAAGACACUUUCAGAGGAGACUAUAACAAGAUGUUUGUAAAAAAAGAAGAAUUGUCGUUGGAGUCUGUGAAACAGUACAAGGUCAGGUGUCCGGAUGAGCCUUCAAAGAUUCUGGUCAUAAAAGAUAAACUGCUCGAGUUGGGGCAGAAAGUUGGGCAGACAAUAAUAUUUGUUCGCACGAGAAAUAGCACAAAAAUGUUGCAUAAAGCCCUUACGGAAUUUGGUUAUGAGGUGACUGCAAUUCAGGGUGCUCUUAAUCAAGAAGAUAGAGACAGGAUAGUGAAGGAAUUUAAAGAUGGGUUAACUCAUGUACUCAUAGCAACUGAUGUUCUUGCCCGGGGGUUUGACCAGUCCCAAGUCAAUUUGGUUGUCAAUUUCGAUCUUCCUAUAAAUCAUGAGAACCAAACAGAGCCAGACUGUGAGGUAUACUUGCAUCGUGUUGGUAGGGCUGGGCGUUUUGGCCGCAAGGGUGCUGUUUUCAACUUGCUAUGUGGGGAAAGAGAUUCCAUGAUAAUGGACAAAAUUGAGAAACACUUUAAUACUUCAGUACCGGAGAUAUCGUCUUGGACAAGUGAUCAAGGCUUUCAAGAAGCCCUGAAAAAAGCAGGAUUGUUGGAUGGAUGAUGAUCAUCAUCAUCAUAAGGUCUUUCUGUUACAUAAUUUCCUUUCCGUUAUUUUGGAAUUUGAAUUUGGCGUUCGAGAAGAAGAUGGAUGUGGGUCGCAAACAGAUUGCCUUGAUUUUCAAAAGACUAGUAUAUUAAUAUUAUUGUGAUUCAACUGGGAUUAUAUUUGCUUGUAUUUGUUUGAAAUCAAAUAUUUUGAUAGUCCCACAAUUUACUUCAACAAGAACAUUGAAGACAGUUUAUUUUU